AUGCAAGUCAGAAAUAUUCAGAACAUAGCACCGAGUCUAACUGACAAGAGUAUAAAGAUAUACUAUGAACACGUUAUGAUGAAACCUACCAAAAUUCAAGAAAGUCAGUAUACUUAUGAAUAUCCAAGACACUGGGUAGAGUAUGUAGGAGGUGAGAAAGCUAUUGAAAUCAGACAGGUUCGAAGUAUUCCAGCAGGAAGAACAAUAUUAUUGAAGAACUUUAAUGUUUUGAGGUAUAAUGAUGAAACAAAGAAGCAAGAUAGUUUCCCUGUUGCUGUGUAUGUGAACUUAGAUACAGGAGAUGACAUGAAAGUUUUUAAUACAAAGCUUCAAACGGUAGUGAGAGAACAACUGACUGCGGAAGGGCAUCCAUUACCUUCAGAAGUUACCAUAGCAUAUAAUUUUGAAACAAACUCAAUAG